AUGAACCAGAACCUUGGAAUGUUGUUGCAAAACCAACUGAAUAAAAAAAACAACCACAACAAUAAUGACAACGACCCUCAAGCUGCUAUGGCUAAGAAACUUGCUGCAUUGAAACCUCCGCUAUUUAUGGGGAAGGAAGAUCCCAUGUUGGUUGAGAACUGGGUACGUGACUUUGACAAGAUUUUCACUGCUGCUGGUACCCCUGAUGCUCAGAAGGUGGAUCAAGUCACAUUCUAUUUACGUGAGGCUGCUGAUAUUUGGUGGGAAAAUGAAGGAGCCACCAUAAGAGCUCAACAGAAUUUUAACUGGGAGGCUUUUAAGACAGCAAUCAGGGAUCGUUUCUUUCUAGAGCAUAUCAAGAGACAGAAGUACAGUGAGUUUAGUAGGUUUAACCAAACAGCUGGUAUGAGUGUGCAAGAGUAUGCUGAGAAAUUUAAUGAGUACGCAAGGUUUUGUCCUAAUGUAGUGCCUGAUGAGAGAUCCAAGGCUCAGAAGUUUAAAGAUGGACUGAAUUUUAGGAUCCAAAAGAAGGUGAUCGGGCUGGUACUGCUGCUACUUAUAAGGAGGCCUAUGAUAGAGCUUGUAAUAUUGAAAGGAUUUUGA